GACAUGCUAAGAAUAAAUCUAAAGACAUUAGUUUCUUUGCACGAAAUGAGCAGGUUACAUGCUCAUUUAUGUGAACUAUUCACACAGCUUAAACAUCUUUUUCUUUUCUUUAUAAGGGAAGUUUCAAGUUCUGGUCUCAGCCAAAAUGAGUGAAACUCCUUUUACUAGUUUUUCCAUGAUUCAUCCAACUUCUUCUGAAGGUCAAGUUCCCUCCUCUCGCCACUUGAGCCUCUCUCAUCCUGUGGUGGCCAAACGGAUCAGCUUCUACAAGAGCGGAGACCCCCAGUUCGGCGGGGUCAAGGUGGUGGUCAACCCUCGUUCCUUUAAGACCUUUGAUGCUUUGCUGGAUAACCUGACCAGAAAGGUGCCCCUGCCUUUCGGGGUGAGGAACAUCAGCACCCCUCGGGGAAGGCACAGCAUCACGAGCUUGGAGGAGCUGGAGGACGGUGAGUCGUACUUGUGCUCCCACGGCAGGAAAGUGCAGCCUGUCGACCUGGACAAGGCCCGAAAGCGCCCUCGGCCCUGGCUCAGCAGCCGGACCGUCAGUGCGCAGGCGCAACGCCGUCCCCCAGCCGUCGCCGCCGCCGCCGCCGCCGCUCCCGGCUUGUCCCGCGCCCCGCGGAGGCUCGUGGUCUUCAAGAACGGCGACCCGAAAACGAGGCGCGUGGUCCUUCUCAGCAGGAAGGUCACCCAGAACUUCGAGGUCUUCCUGCAGCACCUGACGAAGGUCAUGCAGUACUCAGUGGCCAAGCUGUACGCCACGGACGGAAGGAAGGUUCCCAGUCUCCAGGCAGUGAUCCUGAGUUCUCGAGCUGUGGUGGCAGCAGGAAGGGAGCCAUUUAAACCAGGAAAUUACGACAUCCAAAAGUACUUGCUUCCUGCCAGAUUACCGGGGAUCUCUCAUCGUGUGUACCCCAAGGGAAAUGCUAGAUCAGAAAGCAGAAAGAUGAGCACACAUAUGCCUUCAAGCCCAAGGUCUCAGAUUUAUUCUGUUUCUUCUGACAAAACACAUAAUGAUUUCUAUUCAGACUAUUCUUUUGUUCCUGAAAAUUACUUGGCCUUAGAAAAAAGUGAUUCUCAGAAUUUAUCAAUAUAUCCUUGUGAAGAUGAUGUUGAGAAAUCGAUUAUUUUCAAUCAAGAUGGCACUAUGACAGUUGAGAUGAAAGUUCGAUUCAAGAUAAAAGAGGAGGAAACAAUAAAAUGGACAACAACUGUUAAUAGAGCUGGUCUUUCUAAUAAUGAUGAAAAGAGUGGGAUAAGCAUUUUUCCAGGAAGAACAGAGGACCGAUCAUCUGGUUUAAAGCUUGCAGCAUGUUCAUUGUCUGAGGAUGUCUCACCUCUGGAGAAAGGCAGUGAUCAAGAGGGCCAUCUGGCAGAGGAGCCAAACACUCAAAUGACAGAUCGAGAGGCUGAAACUGGCAGUUCUGCUAGUUGGGAGAAUGCUGUUGUGGACACAGAUAUUGUCCAGGGAACUGAAGAUGGAGUGAAGCAUCGUUUUUAUAGGCCUCCUACACCUGGACCAAGGAGAGUGAGAAAAAAGAAAUCUAUGAUAGGAAGUGUGACCUUAGUAUCUGGAACUGAGGUUCAAGAGAAAAUGAUUGGACAGUUUGCCUAUAGUGAAGAAAGGGAAGGUGGGAAAAACAAAUCUGAGUAUCACAUGUUCAGACAUUCUUGCAGUAAAAUGUCAUCAGUAUCUAACAAGCCAGUACUUGUUCAGAUCAAUAACAGUGAGCAGAUGGAGUCAUCUUUAGAAAGAAAAAAGGAAAGCAGACUGCUCAAGUCAAGUGCAGUAAGUGCUGGUGUUAUAGAAAUUACAAGUCAGAAGAUGUUAGAAAUGUCCCAUAAUAAUGGCUUGCCAUCAACUAUAUCAGAGCACUCAAUUGUGGAGGAAGAUAUAGUUGAUAGUGUAAUAUCAGACAACAAAACCGGUACCAAAAAUGUCAAAACUUAUGAUGACAUCAAUGAUAGGUUCAGUCCUAUUUCAGCAGAUGCAACUCACUCUUCAGGUGACAACUCUGGAACUGACAAAAGUAUUUCUGAGGCACCAGCUUCUGUAGGAUCCUCUAUUGUCACUACAAGAAUUGACAGACUUAUUAAUGAAUUUGCUCAGUGUGGUUUAACAGAACUUCCAGAAAACAAAAAGAAGAUUUUUUCCUCUGUUGCCAGCAAAAAGAAGAAGAAGUUUCACCAGCAAGUGAUAAAUUUGAAGUAUCAGGAUGGGGAUAUUGCAACCAAAGGAAUCCCCAGUAAGAGUGAGAGAAUAAGCACAGGAAGUAGAAUUGCCCAGGAAACCAUAUUGCAAGAUUCACACAGUCCCCUUAAAGGAGUGAUGUUUUGUGAGGAAGACCUCCAUGCAAGUGAUAUGGUAACAGAAUCAAAUCAUGUAUGUUCCAAAAGUAAUUUCAAUCCCACAGUUUCUAAGAAUUUCCAUAGAAAUAAAUUAAAUACUAUUCAAAACCCUAAGGCUCACGGACUUUUAGCCAAAAGAAAAUCCAGACCACUAAAGAAAGUAAGCUUAGGAGGACCUAAAAAAAGAGAAAUUGGCCAAGGAGAUAAAGUGUUUCUCCACAAUGAAUCUAAAUAUUGCAAAAGUACUUUUGAAAAUCAAAGUUUAUUUCGUGUGUUUAAUGUCCUUGAGCAAAACCCCAAAGCUUUUUGUAGACCACAGUCUGAAGCAGAAAUGGCAUCUGGGUAUUUGAGAGGAAUGGCAAAGAAGAGUUUAGUUUCAAAAGUUAAUGAUUCGCACAUAACUUUAAAAAGCCAGAAAAAACAAAAAGGAGAUAAAUUGAAAUCAGGGGCUCUUGUAAGUAAGCAAUAUGCUACAUCCAGCGCAAGUUCCUUAGCUUCUAUGAAAAAAGCUGAUUUUCCUGAGGAUAUGGCCCAUCAUUCAAUUCAAAAUUAUAUACAGAGAUGGUUACAGAACGUAAGUCCAUAUCCAACUUUAAAACCUAGAAAAUCAGCUCCAAUAUGCAAAAAUGAAAGGAAUGUGGUGAGUUGUAACAAUAGUGGUUUUCCAGGAAAUAAAGUCCAUAGAAGUUCUGGAAAAAGAAAUAAUUUUGUUAUGGACAGUAAUAAGCACAUAACUGAAAAUGCCAGUUUGACAGGAGAUAAUCUGUGUAAAGAGGUAGGUCAAUCUCUUAUUGCCAAAGGUAAUUGUGAAGAACUUAACAAAAACCUCUGUGAGAGCCAGGUUGGAUCUCUGAAUGAUGCUUACUUGAUUUCUCUGCAUGAAUAUUGUAAUUUGUCACAGUCAGCUACUAAUGUUUAUAAUUCUCAAAGUCACUUAUCUGCUGAAAAGUCAGGACCAGAGGUAAGCCUUGUUUACCAAGAAAUAAACCUAGCUACAAAAGGGGAAAGUGUAGAGGCUGCCAUUCAAGUAGAUCUUAUGGAAGAGGACACUCCAAAAGACCACUUACCACUCCUGUUCCUUCGCCAGUUACAAGCUUCAGCUGCUGGUAUUCACAAGACUCAAAAUGGAGUUAUUCAAAUGUCAGGUUCACUUGCAGAUGUUUCCUUCCCUUCUGCAAUAUAUAAUUCAUCCACCAAUCUCCUUCUAGCUUGGCUCCUGGUGCUAAACCUAAAGGGAAGUAUGAAUAGCUUCUGUCAAGGUGAUGCUUAUAAGACCACCAAUAGAUCUUCAGAAACACUUGCAUUGUUGGAGGUUCUAAAGCACAUUGCCAUCACAGAGGAAGCUGAUGACCUGAAAGCUGCUGUUGCUGGUUUAGUGGAGUCAACCACAAAUCGCUUUGGACUCAGUGAGAAAGAACAAGAUAUGAUUCCAAUAGGUCUUUCUGAAAAUUGUUCCACAGCUGACAUCCAGAGAGCUCCUCAGUGCAAUGAAAGUGAAAGAACUCAGAAAAUCUGUUUGGAUAGAUGCUACUCUUCCAGUGAGGUCUGUGCCCCUGAAGUCUGUGUUUCAGAGGUGACUUCCUCUUCAUGGGAGAUGUGCACUAUGAAUAAGACUUAUCCUCCAAACGAGGCUUGUAAUACAGGUGAUGCUUUUUUUCCCAGUAGUGGUUGUUCCAUGAAUCAGACCUCCACGAAUAAGGUUUGUUUCCCAGGAGAGAUUUGUUUACUUACUGAUGCCAUGUCUUCCCAUCAGGCUUCUACUCAAAAUGAGAACCAUAUCUAUGAGGAAGCUUGCCCAAUUGAUGAGACCUACAUUCCUACGAAAGUCUGCAAUACCAUUGAUUUUUUAAAUUCUGAAGAAAACACAUGUACUGAUGAGUUGGAAUUAACUGAAGAGUUAGAAAGAGUUGAUAAAGUUCAGAAAGACCUAAAUAUUUUGACUGACCCUGGGCAUAAAAAUGGCUUAGAUACCUUGGUGUCACAUCAAAAUGUCAGUAAUUUAAACCCCUGUGGUCUUUUCCUAGAUGAAACUGAAUCAGAAUUUGGUAAGAAAUGUAGUUCUCUAGAUGAAUUUAAAAAUUGUUCACUAAAGAAAUUUCAGGAUAAAAACACAUACACAUCCUUUGAUAAGGAUGAAUCAAGGACUUCUGAAGAACCAGGCUCAUUAACCAACAGUAUGACAUCAAGUGAAAGAAAUAACAUUUCAGAAUUGGAAUCUUUUGAAGAAUUAGAAAACCAGGACACUGAUAUGUUUGAUACAAAGGUAAAUGCAGGAGAGCAAGCCACUGAAGAAUCAGUCCAAAAAGAGUUAGAGGCUAGUAAAAAUUUGGAAUUGAUAGAUGACUCUGGUAGGAACAUUAUAAAAGAAGAAAGAAGCAAUGGUGUAAUUUGUGAGACAGUCAGUAGAAGGCUGGCAACACCACCAUCUUUAGUUUUUUGCUAUGAUUCUAAGCAAAAUACUGAAAGGGAGAUUAAUGAAGGAGAAACUAAGACAAGACUAAAUACGAUGGUGAAAAGCAUGGAAAUUGGAAGUUAUUCGGAGCCCUCUCUUGAUUUUAAAAAAUGUUUCAAAAGUCCAGUGACUUCUGAUUGGUCAGACUAUAGACCAGACAGUGAGAGCGAGCAGCUAUAUAAAACAUCCAGUGAUGGCACCAAUGACAGUGGUGAGAUUGCGCUAGAGAAAGAAUACAAUAGAGGAUUUGUUAAAAGGGCAAUAGAAAAACUUUAUGCUAAAACAGAGAUUGCUAAACCAUCUUUUUUCCCUGGGUCUGCACACAGAUCUCAGGUUUGUCCUUACAAGUCUAUGGAAUUUCAGUGUGCUAGGAAAGCAGGUCUUUAUGGUUCUGAAGGUCAUUCAUUUGACUCUUCUGAACAGGUAUCUAGUAGUUCACCUGUGUUGCAGGAAUUCCAGGAGGAAAGACAAGAGAAAUGUGAUGUUAAUGGUGUGAGGGACAGUUAUCAUGGGGACAACAUUGUAGAACAAGGUACAAAACAAAACAAUCAUAACAGAAUUCUUAGGGACACAAAGGAGGGAGUACUGAUUGACAAAGGCAAGUGGCUCCUGAAAGAAAAUCAUUUGCUAAGGGUUUCCUUUCCUGAAAAUCCUGGCAUGUGUGGCAAUGCCGACACCACAUCAGUGGAUACUCUACUUGAUAAUAACAGCAAUGAGGUACCGUAUUCACAUUUUGGAAAUUUGGCCCCAGACCCGACCAUGGCUGAACUAUCGUCUUCGGAACUGGAGGAACUGACUCAGCCCCUUGAACUGAAAUGCAAUUAUUUUAACAUGCCUCAUGGUAGUGACUCUGAGCCUUUUCGUGAGGAUUUACUAGAUGUUCAAAAUAAAACCUGUGUCAAGGAAAGAAUACUAAAUCACCAUACAGAGGAGAAGGGUAAUUAUCGGUCAGAAAGAGUUUGCACAUCUGUCACUCAUGCCUUUACGUCUACUGGUAACAAAGUCCACCCUGUCUCUGAUGAUGCUAUUAAAAACCAACCAUUGCCUGCCAAUAAUAUGAUUCAUGGUACACUCCAGGAAGGUGACUCUUUGGAUAAACUCUAUGCUAUUUGUGGUCAACACUGCCCAAUACUAACUGUUAUUAUCCAGCCUGUAAAUGAGGAAGACCGAGGAUUUGCAUAUCGUAAAGAUUCUGAUAUUGAAAAUUCCUUGGGUUUCCAUUUAUGGAUGAAAAUACACCCGUAUUUACUACAGUCAAGGAAAAACAUGUUCAGGGAUAAGAACAAUAAAGCAAGUAUGAAAAAAGAAUUUAUUGAUAAUGCCAUUGGCAAUACAUUUGAUAGGCUUUAUAUCAGUAACACAUUUGACUUGAAUAAAAGAAGAAAACCAAAAAGAAUUAACUUCUUGGACUUAGAGGAAGAAAGUAAUUUAAAGAAAUGUCAAUCAUAUUUAAAGAAAAGGGUUUGUGUGCAUUUCUUGCACACAUUGUUAGUUGUGGGUGGUGUGAAUUCAAAUACACAAGACCCCAGCAGCUUGACAAAUAAAAUCUUUAAAGCAGUUGAUGAGAAUAAUAACUUAUUAAAUAACAGAUUCCAGAGCUCAAGAACAAAUCUCAACCAAGCAGUAAGAGAAAAUAUCAACUUUCAUGUCUCCUGUGGUAUGCUUAGUCAAGCCUGUCUAUCAGAUAUUUGCCAAGUUGAGACAUCCAUAAAUAUUAACCACAGAAAUAUAUUAGAUAUUUAUAUUUUUGAUGGUGAAAAUCUUUUCAUUUGGGAAGAGGAAAACCAAUUAAAUUUAACUGAUCUUGAAAGCAAUAAUGAACAAGAUUUAUAAUUUCAAUAUCAGCACAGCCUUUCUCCGUCAAUACAUUUUUUUCCCCAUAACAGGAUGAAGAACGGGAUGGAUAUGGACUAGGUGACCUCUAAGAAUUUCCCAUUUCUUUAAAAUGAACUCACCCAUGGAUAAACCGAUGACCUUCAUCGUUCCUCUGUUGUCCAUUUUUCCAACAGUUAUAGACUCAGCUUCUAUUUUGUUAUUUUGGGUUUCUUUGUGGUUUUAUCCUGAAUUUAUAUGAUUUCCUAAUCUAUGAGUGUUUCCUUAAGACAUCAAAGAUGUUCAAAGGACAAGAAUUAUAUCUUUUAUUUCUUUUUUUAUGUUGUCAGCUUGGUGUAGAAUAUAUAUUGAAUGUAUUGAUGAAUAAAUAGAAUCGACAUAACCGUAAA